AUGCUGGUAUCUUGUUUCCUUCCUCCCACAGUAGAUGAACUUGAUAAGGCCAUGAGAUAUACAGUUUACUUUUCUAAUGAAUUUGUAAAAACGGAAUUUGUUAUCAUUCAAUGUUUGACUAGAACAAACAUUUUAAAUGAUGGUAGCUCAAAUUUCCUACAACAAUUCUAUUCUUUAUUGCCUACUGAAUAUAAAAAAAAUUUAAAAAAAGUGAUAAUGUUUCAUUAUGGUGUAAGUAAUCGUGCAUUAUUGGCAAUUACAAGCUCUUAUAUGUCUCCCAGAUUUAUGAGGAAACUCGAGUAUGCAGAUUCAAUCAAAGAAUUACACCGUUUUCUUCCUGAUAUUUCAGAAGAAGAGCUACUUAAUAGACUGCCAUUUAUAGUUAAACACGAUGAUGCUGAGCUUCUAGGACUUGAGGCACCGACAUUGUUAAACAUGAAUUUAAUGGAAGAAUGCAUUUGUAAUGGUUAUAAUGUUCGAGGAUAUGGUAAAAUACCAGCAAUUAUUGUUGAUAUUAUCCAGAAACUUUCUAAACCAGAUAUUGCCGUGAUCCCAAAUUUGUUUAGUUUGCAAACAUCUGCCGAUAAACUAAAUUCAAUAAUUGGAGAAGUUAAUAGCGGAGUUCCAUUUAGGUCUGGUGAUUCAGAUCCAUCUGCUCUAGUUUCUGUAUUCAAAUUAUUAUUAAAUUCCAUGGACGAGCCGUUACUGGGCUCAGAAGCAUUCUAUUCAAUUGUAAAACAGUGUAAAAGCUCAGGUACCAACGAAUUAUCACACAAUUUCUAUAUGAACUUUCUUAAAGAAACCAUUUCAAAGUUGCCAGAUAACUCAAAAAUUGUCAUAAAAUUCAUAGUCGACUUUUUAUAUUUUGUCUCAACGAAAUCGAGUAUUAACAAUAUGACAGCACACAGAAUUGCUGAAAUUCUAUCUCCUGCAUUUUUUAGACCCAUCAAUAUGAAAAACAUUACGAUGUAUCAAUAUAUUCCCCCAUGCAUUGAAUGUAUUACAGUACUUAUUUCAGACAGUAACGGUAUUUUUAACAACAUUUUACCUGAGAUUAAUCUAUAUGAUGAUCACCUACGUGAAAUUAAAGAGAACCUAAGAAAGAAGCAACUCGAAGAGGCUGAAGAAGAAGAAAAAGAAAAAGAAGAAGAUAAGGAAGAAAGAGCUGAAGAAUUAGAAGAAGAAGAAGAAGAAGAAGAAGAAGAAGAAGAAGAAGAAGAAGAAGAUGGAGAUGGGAAUGAAGAAGUCGAAGAUGAUAAUGAAGGUGAAGAAAAUGACUGA